UUAAAAGGCAACACAGUGAUAGGUUGUGUAGUACGUACCCAAACCAAAUUCCAGCCUAAUCCAUUAUUGAGCAAGUCUUUGAUAAAAAAGGUGCAUGUUGUUAGAUCAAAUAACCCAUCCCAAAAUCCAAUAUAAAUAUAUAUAAUAUUCAAACUCUCUCUUUCUAUCUUCUAAAAUAGCAGAGCACAGUUUAAUAGAAGUAAUAAUGGGUAAGAAUUACAAGUCCCUGGACUCUGUUGUGGCCUCUGACUUCAUAGUCCUAGGUAUCACCCCUGAAGUUGCUGAGACACUCCAUGGUAGACUGGCCGAGAUCGUGUAUAAUUAUGGCGCUGCCACUCCCCAAACAUGGAUCAAUAUUGCCAACCAUAUUCUGUCGCCUGACCUCCCCUUCUCCCUGCACCAGAUGCUCUUCUAUGGUUGCUAUAAAGACUUUGGACCCGCCCCUCCUGCUUGGAUACCCGACCCGGAGAAAGUAAAGUCCACCAAUAUGGGCGCACUUUUGGAGAAGCGAGGAAAAGAGUUUUUGGGAGUCAAGUAUAAGGAUCCCAUUUCAAGCUUUUCUCAUUUCCAAGAAUUUUCUGUAAGAAACCCUGAGGUGUAUUGGAGAACAGUACUAAUGGAUGAGAUGAAGAUAAGUUUUUCAAAGGAUCCAGAAUGUAUAUUGCGUAGAGAUGAUGAUAUUAAUAAUCCAGGGGGUAGUGAAUGGCUUCCAGGAGGUUAUCUUAACUCAGCAAAGAAUUGCUUGAAUGUAAAUAGUAACAAGAAAUUGAAUGAUACAAUGAUUGUAUGGCGUGAUGAAGGAAAUGAUGAUUUGCCUCUAAACAAAUUGACACUUGACCAAUUGCGUAAACGUGUUUGGUUAGUUGGUUAUGCACUUGAAGAAAUGGGUUUGGAGAAGGGUUGUGCAAUUGCAAUUGAUAUGCCAAUGCAUGUGGAUGCUGUGGUUAUCUAUCUAGCUAUUGUUCUUGCGGGAUAUGUAGUUGUUUCUAUUGCUGAUAGUUUUUCUGCUCCUGAAAUAUCAACAAGACUUCGAAUAUCAAAAGCAAAAGCCAUUUUUACACAGGAUCAUAUUAUUCGUGGGAAGAAGCGUAUUCCCUUAUACAGUAGAGUUGUGGAAGCCAAGUCUCCCAUGGCCAUUGUUAUUCCUUGUAGUGGCUCUAAUAUUGGUGCAGAAUUGCGUGAUGGCGAUAUUUCUUGGGAUUACUUUCUAGAAAGAGCAAAAGAGUUUAAAAAUUGUGAAUUUACUGCUAGAGAACAACCCGUUGAUGCCUAUACAAACAUCCUCUUCUCAUCUGGAACAACAGGGGAGCCAAAGGCAAUUCCAUGGACCCAAGCAACUCCUUUAAAAGCAGCUGCAGAUGGGUGGAGCCAUUUGGACAUUAGGAAAGGUGAUGUCAUUGUUUGGCCCACUAAUCUUGGUUGGAUGAUGGGUCCUUGGCUGGUCUAUGCUUCACUCCUUAAUGGGGCUUCUAUUGCCUUGUAUAAUGGAUCACCACUUGUUUCUGGCUUCGCCAAAUUUGUGCAGGAUGCUAAAGUAACAAUGCUAGGUGUGGUCCCUAGCAUCGUUCGAUCAUGGAAAAGUAGCAAUUGUGUUAGUGGCUAUGAUUGGUCCACCAUCCGUUGCUUUUCCUCUUCUGGUGAAGCAUCUAAUGUAGAUGAAUACCUAUGGUUGAUGGGGAGAGCAAACUACAAGCCUGUUAUCGAAAUGUGUGGUGGCACAGAAAUUGGUGGUGCAUUUUCUGCUGGCUCUUUCUUACAAGCUCAAUCAUUAUCUUCAUUUAGUUCACAAUGUAUGGGUUGCACUUUAUACAUACUUGACAACAAUGGUUAUCCAAUGCCUAAAAACAAACCAGGAAUUGGUGAAUUAGCGCUCGGUCCAGUCAUGUUUGGAGCAUCGAAGACUCUGUUGAAUGGUAAUCACCGUGAUGUUUAUUUUAAGGGAAUGCCUACAUUGAAUGGAGAGGUUUUAAGGAGGCAUGGGGACAUUUUUGAGCUUACAUCUAAUGGUUAUUAUCAUGCACAUGGUCGUGCAGAUGAUACAAUGAAUAUUGGAGGCAUCAAGAUUAGUUCCAUAGAGAUUGAACGAGUUUGUAAUGAAGUUGAUGACAGAGUUUUCGAGACAACUGCUAUUGGAGUGCCACCUUUGGGCGGUGGACCUGAGCAAUUAGUAAUUUUCUUUGUAUUAAAAGAUUCAAAUGAUACAACUAUUGACUUAAAUCAAUUGAGGUUAUCUUUCAACUUGGGUUUACAGAAGAAACUAAAUCCUCUGUUCAAGGUCACUCGUGUUGUGCCUCUUUCAUCACUUCCGAGAACAGCAACCAACAAGAUCAUGAGAAGGGUUUUGCGCCAGCAAUUUUCUCACUUUGAAUGAAGUGUUAUAAUAUAAUACAUACAUAUAUGCUUUGAAUAAAGUGUAGUUGAUUACAUAGAGCAGUUUGCAUUUCAAAUGCACUAAUAAUAAGUUAAAUGCUCUAAAAUAUGUGUUAAAUCUUAUGGCAGGAUUAUAGAUUUGAUUAAUAUAGUCAUAUUAAACCAUAAAUUUUCAUUCAACACAUUUUUAGUGCAUUUGACAUUAUUUUUAUUGAAUUUAAUAAUACUGACUACACUGUAUAGUCCACUA